AUGGACAGCACGUUGGCUAAACUAGACGCUUCUGCUUUUCUUCAAGUCUGGCAACACUUCGACAAAGCCGAUAAUGGCUACAUCCAAGGAAAGGAAUUGGAAGAGUUUUUCCGACACGUCGUUAAGAAAUUAGGGAUAAGUGGUAAACUCGCUGAGGAAAAGGUUCAACAUCUGAGAGAAAGAUUAAUGUCGACCUCUGGCAUCGGUGCGGACGGACGGCUGCAGAUUGAAGAGUUGGCGACAAUGAUCCUCCCGGAGGAGGAGAACUUCCUGUUGCUGUUCCGCAGAGAGACCCCGCUGGACAGUAGCGUGGAAUUCAUGAGGAUCUGGAGAAACUAUGAUGCUGACAGCAGUGGAUACAUCUCAGCGGUGGAGUUAAAGAGCUUCCUGCAGGAUCUGUUCCAACAGCACCAGAAGGUGAUCACCAGUGCCAAACUGGAGGAGUACACUGAUGCUAUGAUGAAAAUGUUUGACAAAAACCAAGAUGGUCGACUGGAUCUGAAUGAUCUGGCCAGAAUCCUUUCUUUAAAGGAAAACUUCUUGCUGAAAUUUGAAAUGGAUGCUUGCAGCCAGGAGGACAGAAAAAGGGACUUUGAGAAGAUCUUUGCCCACUACGAUGUGAGUAAGACUGGGGCAUUAGAAGGGCCAGAGGUGGAUGGAUUUGUCAAAGACAUGAUGGAGCUGGUGAAGCCCAACCUCAGUGGGGCGGACCUGGACAAGUUCCGGAGGAUUCUGCUGGGCCACUGUGACAUUAAUGGAGAUGGAAAGAUCCAGAAGAAUGAGCUGGCUUUGUGUCUGGGCCUGAAGUUGAGUCCAUGA